AUGCAAGCUCUUCGCCGAUGGCGAGUGCUGCUGGUGCUGAAACCCUCCGAUGUCUACCCCCCGAGGGCGGUUCAAGAGCUCGAAGGGCCGUUGUCAUGCCCUCCUUCCUCCCCCGAUCUGUCGCGGGUCGUCAACCCACGGGUAAGAAACCUUGGUGGCUUUCUGUUUUCUUUCUGGAUCAUCGUGGCGGUCGUCUAUGUGGGAGUUUCUGCUCUCUGUGAAUCUGUAAAUUUUAGCUUGGAGAACCGAAGGAACCAUGGACAAGGAAGAGUUUUUACGUUGAUUUCAGAUGAAAGAAGUGGGAACAUGCGCGUAGAAGUAAAAGAGAGGCAAGAGAAGAUUCAUAUUGAUGGGAGUUGAAGCUGAAUGCGAGAGGAUCAGUGAAAACAUAGACGAAAUAGGAACCGGAUUUGUUCUGUUAAUCUUAAAAAUAUGCGCUCCAGAGUAUUUCUAAGCAUUUUUUUUUUUCUGGGUUGCAUGUCCGUUCUACAUCAGUUCACGGCUAUAUAAUAAAACUAUAUCAAAGGAAGCAAAUGCACGUCUUGGUGAAUUCCGUAGUUUUAGAAUGUCUCAGUUUCUUCCUGCUAAGCAUGUCUAAACCUCAUUCAGGAGCAACAACACAAAUCUUUAUCAGAAGGUGUUUGGUUGAUGGGAGAGAAAAAUACACUCAUAAGAGUAUUGCUGCUUAUUGAUGGCUACAUAUCUUCUAAACUAAUCUCUAGAUCAUAAGAGCAGUUUGGUAUUUUUUCCAUAUCAGUUUAUUGCUCUUUUCUUCACAUAUUUCUAGAUACGUCUCAAGCUGAGGCCAUUGAAAAAUUCUAUUUUUUCCAUCUAUGUACAUGUUCCUGGUGAAGCAUAGCAUUCUGCCUGUAACUAAAUUAUUUUUAGCACUAGUAGUUAAGUUCUCACACUGAUCCAGCAUUGUUUCUACAUUUUGAUUUCAUCUUGCUGUAGAUUCUUCAUUACCUGGAUGACAGAUGCAGGGUCCAUAAGGAAACGGUCAACUUCUGUCAGGAUAUCUUACAACGGAGGUCGCUUGAAUGGCAGCCAGUGAUACGGAAUGAUUUAUCCCGGCCAAUCCGAGGUGUGGACAUUGUAGUCACAGUUGGUGGUGAUGGGACUCUACUGCGGGCCAGUCACUUCCUGGAUGGCGACAUUCCAGUUCUUGGAGUCAACUCGGACCCAACACAGAGUAAAGAGGUUACUUUGGUCAGAGGUCCAGAGGUCCAGAUGUUGUUCACAUGUUCACUGGGUAAUCUCUGGCUUUAUUUCCUUCCUGCAGGUUGAGAAUUUCAAUAAUGAGUUCGAUGCAAGAAGGAGCACUGGCUAUCUAUGUGCAGCCACAGCAGAGAACUUUGAGCAGGUAAGAUGUGUUCUUUGUGAGUUCUUCCUUUAAUAAUCGUUUUCAUCCACAUAAGAUAAGAUCCUUUAUGAGAUCUCCGGAUGAUUAUGCUCAGAAUCUCCUGAUCCAUUAUUCAUCUUAUUGUUGGGAGACUGACGCUGGCCUCAUCUUAUUGUUAUGCCUUCAAUUGCCUCCUCAUCCCAACAUCUUCAUCAAAAGGUACUGGACGAAGUUCUCAACGGUCACUGUGUUCCUUCCAGUCUAUCGAGGAUUUCUAUGAGUUUGAAUAACCAUCUUCUACCGACAUUUGCGUUGAACGAUGUUCUCAUCGCACAUCCCUGCCCCGCAUCAGUAUCUCGUUUCUCAUUCAGGUAUACUAAGGACCUCAGAAGCUGAAAUUUCUCAAUCUGGGGUCUAAACAUCGAUUCUCAAGUGCGAAUCUCUUGUUGAUUUCCCUGAAAGGAUCAUGUCUCGGGUCGAAGUGGCCUCUUCUCUGGGGCACUGCCGCUCAAGUGGGCUUCGGGUUUGCACCGCCACAGGGUCGACUGCUGCUAUGGCCUCAGCAGGUGGAUUUCCCAUGCCAAUCUCUUCAGCAGACCUCCAGUAUAUGGUAAGAGAGCCAAUUUUUCCAAAGGAUAGGGGCUCGAUGCAUGGGCUAAUUAAAGCUGGUGAGACUAUGCAAGCCAUGUGGUAUUCUAAAGAGGGAGCCAUAUAUGUUGAUGGCUCACAUGUGGUCUUUCCAAUCCAGCAUGGUGAUGCCCUUGGGAUUUCGUCAGAAGCCCCUGCCCUCAGAGUCUAUUUGCCACCGAAUCUAAGUCUCUAG